AUGUACUUGGAUUUGUCGUCCAACAACUUGACUAGUCUUGAGUCCAAUCAUUUUAAUGGUUUAUCUAAACUUGAGUCUAUUGAUAUCAGCAAUAACAAUUUAAAAUAUCUACCAAAUGACACAUUCAAUGGAUUAAAAUCUCUCACUAUAUUGAAAUUGCAAUCAAACAACUUACAAAGUCUUGACUCAAACAUCUUUUAUGGUUUGUUUGAUUUAGAAAUUCUUGAUAUAAACAAUAAUAAUUUAACAUCACUGCCCGAUGCCAUUUUUAGUCAAAAUAAAAAACUUAAGCUAGUUCCGGAUAAUUUAGAAAAAUCAGGACGGCCAGGCAAUAGAUGUUUUAUGAAUUCGACUUUAUCUGGUUUUAUUUACGAUGGUCGUAGUGAUGUUUCUUCAUCAAAAAUUGAACUCUUGUCAACUAAAAAAGUAGUUUUUCAUAAAUAUUUCGAGUCAGCGACCUCAUACAAUUGUUCUCAUCUUCAAAAGCUUGAUUUAAGCAAUAUGAAUUUGAUAUCUUUGCCAGAUGAGAUAUUCACAGGAUUAAAAAAUCUCAAUGAAUUAAAUUUGUGUUCAAACAAUUUGACAACUCUCAAGUCAAACAAUUUCAAUGAUUUGUCAAAACUUGAAACACUUGACAUCAAAAAUAAUGAAUUAACAUCGUUGCCACGUGAAAUUUUUGAUGGAUUAGAAUCUCUCAAGGAAUUGAAUUUGCGUUCAAACAAUUUGGCUCUUAAGUCAAACAAUUUCAAUAAUUUGUCAAAACUUGAAUGGCUUGACAUCAGUAUGAAUAAAUUAACAUAUUUUCCACACGACCUUUUUAAUGGAACAAAAUCUCUCAAAUCAUUGUAUUUGUAUGGAAACGAUUUGGCAACUCUCAAGUCAAAUGUUUUCAAUGGUUUGUCACAACUCGAAACACUUGGUCUCGAUAAUAAUAAAAUAACAUCAUUGUCACAUGAAAUUUUUAAUGGAACAAAAUCUCUCAUGCAGUUGGGUUUGUCGUCCAACAACUUGACUAGUCUUGAGUCAAAUCAAUUUAAUGGUUUAUCUAAACUUGAGUCUAUUGCUAUCAGCGAAAACAAUUUAAAAUAUCUACCAAAUGACACAUUCAAUGGAUUAAAAUCUCUCAAGUUCUUGUAUUUGUAUCUAAAUAAAUUGGAAAGUCUUAACUCAAGUAUUUUCAAUGAUUUGUCAAAUCUCGUAAUACUUGACAUCAGUAGAAAUAAAUUAACAUCUUUGCCACAUGACCUUUUUAAUGGUUUGUCUAUCCUUAAUGAGCUUUAUAUAAGCAAUAACACGUUAAAAUAUCUACCAAAUGACACAUUCAAUGGAUUAAAAUCUCUCUUGUACUUGAAAUUGAAUCUAAAUGAAUUGGAAAGUCUUAACUCAAGUAUUUUUAAUGGUUUAUCAAAACUCGACCGACUUGACAUCAGUAGCAAUAAAUUAACAUCUUUGCCACAUGACCUUUUUAAUGGUUUAUCUAAACUUGUGUCUAUUGAUAUCAGCAAUAACAAUUUAAAAUAUCUACCAAAUGACACAUUCAAUGGAUUAAAAUCUCUCACUACAUUGAAAUUGCGAUCAAACAACUUACAAAGUCUUGACUCAAACAUCUUUUAUGGUUUGUUUGAUUUAGAAUUUCUUGAUAUAAGCAAUAAUAGUUUAACAUCACUGCCUGAUGCCAUUUUUAGUCAAAAUAAAAAACUUAAGUCAGUUCAGAAGGAUUUAGGAAAAUCAGGAAAAUCAGGAAGAUCAGAAAAAUCAGGAGGAUCAGAAAAAUCAGGAGGAUCAGAAAAAUCAGGAGGAUCAGAAAAAUCAAGACGGCCAAGCAAUAGAUGUAUUGAAUAUCCACCCAGUUUCAUUUACAUUGGUCAAGGUGAUGAUUCUCCAGCAGAAAUUAAGGCUUUGUCAACUGAUCAAAUAUAUUUUUUUAUAAAAAAAAAAUUAGUGGCAAUGACUUCACACAAUUGUUCUCGUGUUGAGAAGCUUGUUCUCACUCGAAAGAAUUUAAAAUCUUUGCCAGAUGACAUAUUCACAGGAUUAGAAAAUCUCGAGGAAUUGGAUUUGACUAUAAACGACUUGGCAACUCUCGAGUCAAAUAUUUUCAAUGAUUUGUCAAAACUUGAAACACUUCGCAUCAAUAUGAAUAAAUUAACAUCUUUGCCACAUGACAUUUUUAAUGGAAUGAAAUCUCUCAAAUGGUUGUAUUUGGAUUCAAACAAUUUUGCAACUCUUGAGUCAAAUUAUUUCAAUGGUUUAUCUACACUUGAGUCGCUGAGUAUCAGAGAUAACAAAUUAGUAACUCUGCCAAAUGACACAUUUAUUAGAUUAAAGUCUCUUUCGUCAUUGUCUUUGAGGUCAAACAACUUGGUGAGUCUUGAGUCAAAUAAUUUCAAAAGUUUAUCUCAACUUGGGUUUAUUGAUAUCAGCUAUAACGAUUUAACAUUUCUACUAAAUGACACUUUCAAUGGAAUGAAAUCUCUCGAAACGUUGUAUUUGGAUUCAAACAACUUGAUGAGUCUUGAGUCAAAUGUUUUCCAUGGUUUGUCUAAGCUCAAUACACUUUUAAUAAGCAAUAAUAAUUUGACAUCACUGCCAAAUAAUAUAUUCAAUGGAUUGAAAUCUCUCCAGACAUUGAAUUUGCAAUCAAACAACUUGAAAUAUCUUGACUCAAAUAUCUUCAAUGGUUUGGUUGUUCUUGACAGUCUUUUUUUAACCGAUAAUAGAUUAACAUCUUUGCCACAUGACCUUUUUAAUGGAACAAAAUCUCUCAGAACAUUGAAUUUGCGUUCAAACAAUUUGGCAACUCUUAAGUCAAAUGAUUUCAAUAAUUUGUCAAAACUUGAAAUACUUGACAUCAGUGGGAAUAAAUUAACAUCUUUGCCACAUGGAAUUUUUAAUGGAACAAAAUCUCUCAAAACAUUGGAUUUGUAUGAAAACGAUUUGGCAACUCUUGAAUCAAAUAAUUUCAAUGGUUUAUCUAAACUUGAGUGGCUGAGUAUCAAAGAUAACAAAUUAGUGACUCUGCCAAAUGACACAUUUAUUGGAUUAGAGUCUCUUUUGACAUUGUCUUUGAUGUCAAACAACUUGGUGAGUCUUGAGUCAAAUAAUUUCAAUGGUUUAUCUAAACUUGUGUCUCUCGAUAUCAGGAAUAACAGUUUAACAUUUCUACUAAAUGACACUUUCAAUGGAAUGAAAUCUCUCAAAAUGUUGUAUUUGGAUUCAAACAACUUGACGAGUCUUGAGUCAAAUGUUUUCCAUGGUUUGUCUCAGCUCGAUACACUUUUAAUAAGCAAUAAUAAUUUGACAUCACUGCCAAAUAAUAUAUUCAAUGAAUUGAAAUCUCUCCAGACAUUGAAUUUGCAAUCAAACAACUUAGAAUAUCUUGACUCAAAUAUCUUCAAUGGUUUGGUUGUUCUUGAAAGUCUUUCUUUAACCGAUAAUAGAUUAACAUCAUUGCCUGAUGACAUUUUUAGUAAAAAUAAAAAACUUACGUCAAUAUGUUUAAAAUCAACUAAACUGAGCAAUGUUUUAAUUUGGUCCAAAUAUAGAUGCCGAGAAUAUGUAAAAUAA